UCCCUCCUCUGCUCUCCAUCCCCGGAUACAUGGACUGUCAGUGCGUCACACUCGUUCUCCCUGCGUCUUUUCUUCCGCAGCCGCGUCGCUACCUACAGCCUCGUGUUCAGGUGAUUGAAUCGGCUUCAAAAUCGCGACCUCCCGCUCUUCACCUCUGCUCCACACAUGGACUCUGCAUCACUCACGGGCUCUGUUAAAAACGUAAGGAAAUCCGCGGUUGGCGCGUCCUUUUUCGCCUGUCCGGCCUUUUGCAUGUCUGCGCUUCCGUUUGCCGCCGACGCGUCGCCGCUGCCGCGCAGCUCUCCAUUCAGUCGAUGUAACGCUAGCCUACAGUCCCGCGGCACCGCCUCUGCGUUUCCUCCUCACUUGAACUAUGAUAUCUGCGUGAAGCGCGCGUCUUCUCCGCGUCUCCGCCCUCGCUUUGCCGCUGAUGCGGUGCGCCUGGGUGUUCGCUAUCUCCUCGUCCUGGCCGGUCAGUGAUCCUCUGGUGCGGGGGGGCUGCUUCCCGCAGAGAGGCAGGAUGGUGCGGAUAGCCAGUGCGCUGGGGCUCGUCAUGUUCAGUGUGGCGCUGCUCAUCCUGUCCCUCAUCAGCUACGUGUCCAUCAAGAAGGACUUCCUGCUCAGCACCCCCAGAUACGGACCUAAUGGAGGACCCAGGAUGUACAUGUUUCACGCUGGGUUUCGCGAGAGGCCGCCUCGUAAGCCAGACCUGAGCUCCCAGCUGGCGAUGAAGUAUCUGGACCCAGCUUUCACUCCUCUGACCAAUGCUCUCAGCGAGGACCUGCAGAACUCCUCUAAAUGGAGGUACAACAGCACUGCUUUUAUACAGCAGAGGAAUGAGAUCUCUCAGUACAUCGACAUCCCCCACAACUUCACACUGACACGAGGUUCGGUCCGAAUCGGACAGCUGAUGCAUUACGACUACUCCAGCCAUAAGUACGUCUUCUCCAUCGGGGAGAACUUCCACUCGCUCCUCCCUGAGGCCUCGCCCAUCCUCAACAAACAUUACAACGUCUGUGCUGUGGUCGGCAACAGCGGCAUCCUCACCGGCUCGCGCUGCGGACCCCAGAUCGAGAAGUUCGACUUUGUCUUCCGCUGCAACUUUGCACCAACUGAGAUCUUUAAGAAGGAUGUUGGGCGGCGGACCAACAUGACAACUUUUAACCCCAGUAUCCUGGAGAAAUACUACAACAAUUUGCUGACUGUGCAGGACAGAAACAACUUCUUCCUGAGCCUGAAGAAGCUGGACGAUGCCAUCCUGUGGAUCCCGGCCUUUUUCUUCCACACGUCGGCCACGGUGACGAGGACGCUGGUCGACUUCUUCGUGGAGCAUCGAGGUCAGCUGAAGGUCCAGCUGGCCUGGCCUGGAAACAUCAUGCAGUACAUCAACAACUACUGGAAAACCAAGCAGCUUUCGCCAAAACGCCUGAGCACCGGCAUCCUGAUGUACACUCUGGCGUCAUCCAUGUGUGACCAGAUCCACCUGUAUGGCUUCUGGCCCUUUGGCUGGGACCCGAACACGGGUAAGGAGCUGCCGUACCAUUACUACGACAAGAAGGGCACCAAGUUCACCACCAAGUGGCAGGAGUCCCAUCAACUGCCCGCUGAGUUCAAACUCCUCUACAAGAUGCAUACGGAGGGAUUGCUGAAGCUCACCCUCUCCCACUGUGCUUAGGGCUAAAACUGCAGCAGGUACAGUGCUUCCUCAAACUCCUUAACGCUUCCACGGGCCUGAGUUGUCAAAGUGACAAGACAGACAUGGGCAAGAUUCAUGCGAUUUUGUCAAGAACAAAAUCUUGACUGUACGGCUGAGUUGGUGCAAUGGGUUCUUAAACUGUUUUCAGCCCAAGAUCCCUGAGCAAAAGCCCAUAAUCCUGCAAUGUUUGUACAAACCGCAGCAGCUCAUGAAACAAGAUGUAUUUAUUUUCUACUGCUCAAGAAUCUAAAGUCGAACAGAACUGCAGUUUGUUUUGGUGGCUGCAGCUGGACUUCCAGGCAAUGUUGCUCUUCAGCAGAAUAUCACAGAUUCUUAUAAUUCAGUGGUUUUUAUCACUCAUCACUCUU